GUGCGCGCGCAAUCGUCACUCGGACCCAGCGCAGGCGCGACGCUCGCGGCCGCGCGCGAAACCAAAUCAAAUUUUAAACUUCGAACCAUAGUCAAUCUUCGAACUGAACUUUUUUGUUUCUCCCUCUGAUAAUGACAAGAUAAAAGUUUGUGUGCCAGUGUUUUUGUGUGAAUUUUAAGUUUUUACUGUUUAGGAUUUUUAGAUUAAAAUGGAUCCGCCAGCCAUAAUGAAUACCACACAAAACUUAUUAUCAGAAACAUAUAAUUAUUACCUAUGGACACUAUCAUUAUCAGACAGCAGAACAAAAGGGUGGAUGCUGGUUGAUUCGCCAAUCCCGACGCUGCAAUGGACGAUGCUGUAUUUAUUCAUCGUGUGGAUUGGUCCGAAGCUGAUGAAGAACAGAAGGCCGUUUGACUUGACGUGGCUGAUGAUCCCGUAUAACUUGGCGAUGGCUGCUCUGAACGCGUACAUAGUCGUGAGGCUGCUCACUGCGUCGUUCAGGCUGAGAUACAGCUAUAUUUGCGAGCCCUGUCGGCAGCGGUAUGAUCCGGAUGAGUUGCAGAUAACGGAAGCGGUGUGGUGGUACUACUUCUCGAAGCUUCUGGAGUUCUGCGACACAUUCUUCUUCAUCCUGAGGAAGAAGAACGAGCAGCUGACGUUCCUGCACGUGUACCACCACUCCACCAUGUUCAGCUUCUGGUGGAUCGGCAUCAAGUGGGUGCCCAGCGGGACCACCUUCCUGCCGGCCAUGGUGAACAGCGCGAUCCACGUGAUGAUGUACACGUACUACGGCUUGUCGGUGUUCGGGCCGCGCGUCAGCCAGUACCUGUGGUGGAAGAAGUACCUUACCAUCCUGCAGCUGAUCCAGUUCACGUGCGCUCUGGUGCUGGCGGUGAACGGCAUCAGGACCGGCUGCGAGUUCCCGCUGUGGAUGCACUACGUGCUCAUCGUCUACAUGAUCUCCUUCAUCGUGCUCUUCGGAAACUUCUACAUGAAAGCCUACAUCGCCAAGGGAAGCGGCUGCAUGUCAGUGAGGUACGGCGAGUGCCUGGACGAUGAGGAAACCAUCGCAAACAGGAAACUUAAGGAAAAUUGAAUGUUUUAUACCUACUUAAAUUUAAACAUAAACAUUUAUGUUUGUUAUGUACUGUUUAAUUUGUUGUAUGCGUAUUUAAUUUAUUCUAAGGAUUUGUUGUUAUGUUGUAUAAUUAUUAGUUUUAGGGAUAGGUGUUACGGUGCUCUCUGUAAAGAUUUUUUAAAAAGAGGAAUGUGAAUUCGGAGCUCAAUGCAGCGAUAUAGUUGAAGGUACAAAUUAUGUUGACACUUUCGAUGUAAGUACUUAUUAAUCGCUUGUUGAUAUUUUACUGUAUACUUGAAAGAUAACGUAUCUGUACGUGAUUUUUUAAACAUCCUGUUAAAAAUUUAAUUCUUCAAUUCCUUUUAUGUUUUCCAUACUUACAAUGUUACGAGUUAGAUACUAUAAAACAAACUGUAUAAAAUAAAUGUAAAAUAAAAAAUUGUUUAAAAAAUA